UCCGCGUGUGUGUUUGUUGUUGUGCUUGUUGCGAGAACGGAUGUUCGCUUGGGUGUGGGGCUGCUGCGUGCGACUAAGACCCCCUUGUUCCAGGUGAUCUCGUGUGCAAGUGACAAACCAACCGAGAGAGAGAGAGAGAGAGAGAGAGAGAGAGUGAGUGAGCGAUAGAGUGAGGCCAUCCAACCGGCCGGGCCAUACCAGCGAUAGCGAGCGGCCAUUGCGUCGGUUUGCCACAAGAGCAGAAUCCCGUGCUCCUCGGAAAUUCAGCCCCAAAAACACACAGCACCCAUCCCAGCAUGCACAGGCUGAUAGUGCUGCUGCUGCUGUUGGCCCUGCAAAUAGCGCGCCACCGUGCGGCCGGAAAUGUUCUAUUCCGCCAAUUUCUCAUUACAGUCGUGGAGCGAAAUUGCAUCGUGCCGCUGAAACCGGACUGGUCCUACUCGUCACCGUUGAUAUUCACGCAGAACGGCGUCCUGAUUUCGCCCGAGCCAGAUGUGGAAGAGAUCAUGCUGGCCACCGGUGACGAGGUAGUACUCUCCUGUUCGCCCAACUACUUCCGCGAGUUCUCCUCCGAGAAGGUGCUGUGGGCCAAGUGCAAAAAGGACAAAACGUUCGUGGUGAACGAGCUGGACAAAAAUUUCGUGUCCGCGCUCGCCUGCAAGGAGCGACCGAUCGAGGAGAUCAUCGUGGCCGUACGUGGCUGUCCGGCAACACUGCGCUCGAUCGAGUACGGCUUCACCAACCCGGUCACCAACAAAUCGUACAUCCUCGGUGAGGCGUGCUAUGACGCGAAGGUCGGCCGGACGCACUUCAUCCACACAAAGGUGAAGUCGGGCACGAACAGCAUCGAGCAGCUCGCGCUCAAGGUGAAGGACAACGCGACAUACUUCCACGGCUAUCACCCGACGCAGCGGUACAAGGUCGAUCUCAGCAAGGCGCUCAACAUAAACGACCAGGCCGAGCGCUUUCGGCCCGUGUUUGGUGCGAAAAAUGCCCCCAAAAUCGAGUCCCGCCGGUACAUCAAUGAAGCUCUUCUUACCCACCGACAGUAUCUUUCAGUAUUAAAGAUGGCCUGGAACUACCAGAUCGUUAAGGAUCGCGAGCAGCUGCUGAACCUCGACCGGCUGGUGCAGGACGUGCGGGCGCUCGCUGUGCCGGAGGUUGAGAUUUAUACCGGUGCGCAUGGUGUUAUGACGCUGCAGGACAAGCACAAUCAGAGCGCGGAGGUGUACCUGGUGCGGGAAAAUCGUUUUCCGGUGCCGAAGCUUCACUGGACGGUGGUGCGUUCGCAGGAUCGAGCGGUUGCGUUCGCCGUUCUUGGUAAACCGCAGCUGACUGAGCAGGAGCGCGAAAAGAGCACCUUCUGUACGAGCAUGUGUGAGCAGAUCUCGUGGCUGAAGAAGCUGCACGAGGACGACGCGUGGCAGAAUGCCGGCGCCGGGUACGUACUUUGCUGUGAGGUGGAAGAAUUCCGUCGCACGAUCAAGGAGAUGCCUCCGAUAACUGGCAUCAAGGCGGUGUUUGUUUGACCUAGGGCAUGUGUCCUUAGUCACACGGGCGCAGUACCGCAAAGGAGACGCGAAAUCGAGAGAGAGAGAGAGAGAUAGAUAAAUGUGGGCCCUCGAAGGACUAGUCCCAAAAUAAGCCCAAGAUGUCAAGUCCGACCAAACUAAAAUCAUAGCAAAAAAAAAAGGCCCGCGAAAGGAUUCCGUGACCAUUACGACGUCAGCGGGCGGCCAUUUGUCGAGCGGAAGAAGUGCAAUCAAAACCAAUAGAAAUGUCGUCACUGCUGCGUGGAAACACCGAUCGCACGUGGUGUAUAGCAAGCGCUAACUCUAGAUUGCUAUCGCUAGUACUUCCAUUCCCUCUAUUUGCUACCAGUUCUUCUGCAGACUCGCAGACUCUGCUCGAAGCUAAGCGUCGGCAUUGUGAUUUUAACUCUUUUUUUUUUGUGUGUAAUAUUUUAAAUUAAAACCUUAGCUUUUAGAAUGUAGUAUUUUUAUGAAAACAAAAAAAAAACAACGACAACCAAACACUCAUUGCGCAAAUAAAAAGUACAAU